GAGCCAGCCACAGAGAAAAGAAAACCAGAAGAAGUUGACCGUUGAACAUACAUCAAUCAAUCAAUCUAGGGUUUGCAAUUUCGAAGGUCAGAGCCAUGGAGGAUGCGAUACCGGUGGUUAUGGAUCCAGAGACGGCGUUCUUAGCUUCCAAACAAGAAACCGGCAACGAAUGGGAACUCUUCAAGGAGAAUGUCAGACCCCUCAAGAGAGGACGCGAUGUUAAACUCCUCAACGACUCCCUCAAAUCCAAUUCCGACUUUCAAAUCAGAAACUCUCUCAUCGAAACCCGAAGGAAGAUGAUUAAAGCCAUCGAUGAGUACGAAGGUGAAGAUCCUCUACAACCAUGGCUUCAGUGCAUCAAGUGGAUUCAAGAUGCUUUUCCCCCUGGUGGAGACUGCUCAGGGUUGGUGGUCAUUUAUGAACAAUGUGUAAGGACCUUUUGGCAUGACGACCGCUAUAAGACCGAUCUUCGUUAUCUUAAAGUCUGGUUGGAGUAUGCUGAAAAUUGUGAUGAUGCAGAAGUUGUUUACGGUUUUCUUGACACAAAUAAAAUCGGCCAGACACAUUCUCUGUUUUACAUAUCGUAUGCUAAUCACCUGGAGUCCAAGAAUAAAAUCAAAACCGCAAAUGAGAUAUACGAGUCUGGGAUAUCUAGGAACGCUCAACCUAUUGAGAAGCUAAAAGCAGCUUACAAGAAGUUUUUUGCUCGUUCAAUGAGUAGACCAAAAGCCAGCGAAGAGGAAGUGAUGGAUACGCGUCAACCUGCGCGAAGCUUUGGAACCAUCUUGGCCCGUGCAGACAGUGGAAACCGCACUCAGGAAAGUAGUUUUGAUAUCGCUAGAAAAAGACCAAAGCAAGAAGGGAAUCAAGGGGGUUCACUCAAGGUGUUUAAAGAGACGGGCAAGAGCUCAUUGCAUGGAUCCGAUUCAUCCUUGAAGCCCUCAACUUGGCACACUCUAGGAGCACGAGCCGAGAGAAAUAAAGAGAAUAAUGCCAUCCCUUCAAAGUGGACCUCAAAUAAGAUUCCCCAGAGAGCUUUUGGUAGAGCCGCCCCUCCCCCUCCUCGAAUUGAGGUUUUUGUAGACGAAGAAUGUCCAGAAUCUCAUAUUGUAAGCAAUGGGGGUGGACGUGUGCAGCUUAGAGACAACGAUGAUGGUAAAGACCUCAAAAAGGAGACAGAGCUACUAAGGGAGAACCCGUUACGACAUUUUCCUCCAAGCAGUCUCAGAUGAUCUCUUCCUUCAUCUUGUAUCUCGUUCCAUUACAUUACAUCUGUGUGAUGUUGCUUUGUUGUUUGAAUAAUAACUAUCUUGUGUAUUGUGGUGCAUUUGGGGGUCAGCUUUUGUCUAUAAAGCCUCCUGAUUCAAGUUGUUCACAUCCUUGUUCAUUUUAUCAUGCAAAAAAACCCAUCAAGUUUGAAUGUGGAAAGCAUUGUUAUUCUUGUCUCA